AUGACCUGGCCAGCCUUGCCAAAUCGCGCUGCUUAUUUGGCCAUCAGGAACGGAAAGCGUCGAAAUGCUCUGUCUCUAGCCGUCCUACGUGAUCUGCGUGACCAAUUGCACGCAUACAACAGAUCACCCAUUGACGGCCAAGUGAGAAUACUUCCCCCGUUCAAACCGGGCAUCCUCGACGAGUUAGAAGUGGCCGCAAAGGACGAAAAUUCCGAAGCUGCAAGAGAACAUGGAUGGCUUCUUGACAUCGAACGGUGGCAGGAGCAUCGACGGGGACUCCCCAAUGUUAUCGUCUUACGCACCGAGGGACCUGUGUUUUCAUCGGGCCACGACUUGGGCGAGCUACGAAGACUAAGCCAUGAUGAAGUAAAGGAGACGUUCGCCCUCUGCGCCGAAGUCAUGUCGUUAAUCAGACGCUCUCCAGCCCCGGUGAUCGGGUUUAUCCAAGGCCUGGCGACUGCUGCCGGGGCCCAGCUUGCUCUGACGACGGAUCUCCCAAUGGCGUGCGCUUCAACUCAAUUCCGCCUGCCCGGAGCAUCCUUAGGGCUGCCUUGCACAUCUCCAUCCACAGCCGUUUCGCGCAGACUGGGGCAUGCAUUUACCUACCGGAUGCUAGCUUUGGCCGAGCCAGUCCGGGCCGACCAGCUCCCAGGAGGGGCAGUUGAGGUGUUUCCAGAUGAGGCAGCUCUGGAGAUGCGGGUGGCCCAAAUAGUUAGUCAGUUAUCAGAGAAGACGGCCGCGCAGCCACAGGCGUUGGGCAAAUGGGGAUAUUGGACACAGCUGGGUCUCUCCGGGGCCGCCUCCGCAUCCGGCGGUGAUGGAUAUGAGGAUGCAGUGGCAUGGACUGGCAGGCUCAUGGCUCUCCAUGCGAGAUCUGCGGAUGCCAGGGAAGGCAUCAAUGCCUUUUUUGAAAAGAGGCCGGCUGUGUGGAAGCUCUAA